AUGAGUGCUGCUGAGGCUAAGAAAAAUGGAUGUACUGAAGCUAAAAAAAUUGCAGCCUACCUUUUGGUGGGAUUUUCACUACUUCUGACACUUAGGGUUGGUAUGAAUGGAGCGCCAUUCUGUAUGAAACGUUUUAAGAUACCUGAACAUUUGUUCAGUCUAUACGUUAGUAGAGUUCACAACGCAAUAGAACUAGGUGGCUUCUUAGGACAGUUUGUAUCAACUGUUUAUACUAUAAAAUAUGGGCAAAACGCUGAUGGACCGGGAAAGGAGCAAAUUUCCAUAGCUAUUAAUUGGUUGUUCUUCCUUAUUAAUGUAGUUCUAUUCUUUGUAUUUGUAACUGGUGGUGAAGAGGGUCAUUUGACUGAUUUUUACUGGGCACUAGCAUUUUCAGCCUUCGUAUACGGGAUGAAUUUAACUUUUAUUCUUAAAUUGGCUGGAGAUUGUAUAGUUUAUUAUUUGGCCACACUUCACGUUUCCGGUAUUUUUGUAUCUGUUUACCAUUUUCUAUUUUUGAGACUUUUUGGCAACAGAAGGAAGUUUAACACUGAUUAUUUAAUUAUUACUUGGCAACUUAUUUUAUCCAUAAUAAUUACAGCAGUAACAGCAGGAGUUUGGACAGCAGUUUAUGCUGGCAACGGAAGCCAGACAGAACAAACUAGCUCUAGUAAUGGAGAAUGUUCCAAAAAUGAUAGUUCUAAUGGUAAUGAUGUUGAGCAUGUCGUUUCGCCGAUGAUAAUGUGUGUGUUUGCUCAGGGAAUUGUAUAUGUCUUUUACCCAGCUAUAGCACCAGGCUUGAUAGUUGACUUUAGGCAUGUUAAUAAGAUAGAUCAGGCUCUUCUUAUUAUAGCACCUAUGCCAGCAAUUACAUUUGCAGUUAUUGAUGCCUUUAAGUUAGAAAGUUACUCACCUAAAUGUAAAUGGUCAAAAAAACUUUGGUGGCAUGGAACCUUGAUAUUUAUUCCAAUUAUGAUUACAUGUGGAUAUUUGUUUAUCAAAGCGCUUCACUAUCCUCAUUCAGGCCCGGCUUUAGCAAUUAUUAAUAAGCCUCGUAUGGCUGGAUUUUUGACAAUUCUCUUUUACCUUAGCCAUAUGAUACUACUAGCUGUUGGAUUUCCAGGUGUGGAAAAAAAUUCCGGAGGUUAUAAGGAUUAUCUUACUGUUGUCAACGGUUUUAUGGCCACUACUUCUAUGAUCAUUUUCGUUUUUUUGGCCGAAGGCUAUAUUAAUGAGUUUAAAAAACAUGAUAUGUCUAAUUGGCCAACAGAAGGAUUAUCAGCAAAAAGAGCAUUUGGAUUCUGGUUCGAUAAGGCAAUUCAAAACGGGUGGAAAAAUUUCAAGUUAAUAUUCACAAGAGAUCUUCGAAGAGAUUUAAUGACAGCACUUGAUGUGAACUAUAAAAGAUGA